UAAUGGAAAACAUACUUUGCAAAGAUAUUUGUUCAAAGGACGCUUCAACACCCGUGAUGACAUCCACAAACUCCGAAGUAUCUGCAAAACAUGGCAAGCAUCAGCACCUCUGUCUCUGGUCACAAUGAAUAGCAUCUUAUCUCAUUUUUUACCCAUCCAGUUCCCUGCUGAACCUGAAUUGCCGUCUACUCCCAGAGUUCUGAUGGCAAGUUCAGUUUUCCUGCUGCGAUCAGCCACCAAUCCUGAACUACCGCCAUACUUACUGUCAGUUGAAGAGUUUUCAUCUGGUAAACUCACCGUCAGAUUUCCUCUUUCUGAUAAGGUUAAUGAUAUUCUGCCUAGAGGUUUUCCAAAAGCAUUAGAUAUAUCUCAAUUUAUUGUAUCGGAAUUGGGUACAUUCGUUACAACGAAUUUAAUUGAUAGCGAAUCAUCAUUUAAGCGAACCAAGAAUGGGAGGCGUCCCACCAACAAUAAGGCUAUAUUGUUUGUGGAUCCUUAUUAUGAAACCCCCCUUUCGAUCAAUGAUUGUUCUGUUGUUGAAAUGUCAAAUUCAAUUGCUCUAUUUGUAACAAGACUUGGGAACAUGGAAACACACAAGGUUACAUUCAAGGGGAGGAAGAUCGAGGAUAUAGUUAGCUAUAAGGGUAGGAUCUAUGCUAUGGAUCGUACUGGUAAGAUCUGCUACAUUGAUUAUCACUCUUUGAAAACGAUAAGUGUUGCAGAAGACUCGGUGUGUGCCGGUGCAGGACCAGAGGGCAGGAAAUAUUUAGCUGCAGCAACUGAUGGACUGUUUUUAGUCUAUCGUUGGUGGAGGAAGAAUCGGCCAGGUUUUAAGAUCUUCAAGCUGAACGAAGAUGAAGAGAGGUGGGAUUAUCAUCAAGGUAUAGGUGAUGAUAGGAUCCUGUUUGUCAAUUGGAGUGGAUGUUUCUUUGCGUCGCCUAAGGAUUUCCCUGGAUGGAGAGGCAACAGCAUUGUAUUCCCUGGAGAUAGCUUUCGCCCGUAUUCUGGUCAGUCCCCUGAUCAGAAAAUCUUCAAGACACAGAACUAUGACCGUCGUCAUGAUGUUGCUGUUUAUCACUUCGACAGUGGUGAAUGUUUCCUUGCAUCAUCUAACCCGGUCUAUUUCAACAUUGUGAGGCCACUUCCAGCAUGGCUCUGGGCCGUUGCAGGAAAUGAAGCUGAGGGAGUUCCAUACUUCAUCAAGCAAGAAGUUGUUGAUGAGAAUGAGUUUGUUUAAGAAGGGUUCAAUUAUCAGAACUAUUUUUCUCAAUCCGACGAAUCAGCUCAAGCCGGGAACUGAGGAAGCAGGAUGACCUUGUUCGUUUUUUCAACUUAAUCCGCGCAGUGGUAAAAGUUACCAUCCUUUUACUAAUAGCGAUUAUGCGGACUUGUUAAAGUGUUUUCUAGAUUCUUGUAGACUUUGAAGCUGCUUCAUAAGUUUAAGUUUACUGCUUAAAACUUAGCCUUUGGAUGAGAAAAUUUAUGUGUUUGGUUUACAACUUAUAUGAAUUGUUGGAGUUUUUUUUUUAAUGAUGGAUGAUUCAAUUUGACAUUUCUUUGGUAGCAUUUUGAUUUGGGCUGCAUUAGAUCAUCAAGUAUAUCAUUUUCACAUUGGUAU